AUGCGUAAAAUACCGCUGAUUUUUAUUCUUCAUGGGACACUUGCGACCUGGGAGAGAGGAUGUCCAGAUUGCAACAAAGAUAAUGUGUAUGGACGGGAUUGUAGCCGCGGUCGUUUCUGUACUGAUUGCUUAGAGAAUUAUGUCGAGUCGUUUGAUCCAUCUAAACCAACAACUGUUGAUGUUCCUGUCGAUAAAUAUGCGAUAGGAUCGAUGGUGAGGAUAGUAAAAGGCAGCGAAGGAGACAUUAUUCGUGAGAGAUAUGAUUGUAAAGAAGACAACGAGGACUACUGCAAAUAUGAAUGCUUCAAUAUUUGCAAUAAAAACGCAAAUUGCAACACUGGUUACGGCUAUAAGGAUGGACCAGGGGUCUAA